AUGAGUUCUGGGAACGGCAGCUCGUUCGCGGUAAUGAUGAUGUUGAAGUCGAGACGACGGAUGUCGAUGCCGUCCGCACAUCCGGCAGCAAGAACAGCACAAGUCGUGUCCGGAAGCGGUUCUAGGGCCGCCUUUGGUGGCCAGUCCGGCCUAAAACGCGUUAGGAACCCCUCCUCCGCAUCGCAAGACGGCGCGGCUGGUGUUGAGUCGGUCAGGGGCUACGAGGGGUGGAGGGUUUUCGCCUUGGUCACGAACGGCGGCCUCGUAACCGUCCUUGAAUGGGGAUCCAGAAACGGGAAAAGGAUGCUGGUCGAGAAAAUUUGGCAUCACUUUGCCAUCAUCGACAAGCUCGCACGCGAAGCACGACGAAGUGGCCCGAUUCCAGGAGCAAGCAGAGGAGUGGAAAGAUCAUUCGACGGCCGGUCUGACAAAGCGGAGUUUGCAAUGAGGCGUGCAGCCAAUUCGAAGGGCUAUCAACAGAAGGCACGUCUCGACGCGUUGAUAGGCCGACUUGACGCCGCCGCGAAGAGGGACGGGUCGGGGCGUGAAGAAGAACGAGCCGAUGGGGCGCUGUGA